UCAUCAAAGGUCACACUCGGAUGAAUGCGCUUCAAAAAAAGUUCCAGCGGAUUUGAUGUUUAUACGUGGUUAAAUCUCCAUGUUGUCAGUGUCCGUGUGGGCUUCUGGCUUUGCUCUGUGUUAAACAAGAUUAUGGGAUGGACGGGAUGGGAUGUAGAGCUCUCCCAGCCCAACCACGACGCGAGCAUAACGCAUAUUUGUCGGCUCGGAUGCAGCAGCAUCCUCUCAAAAGCAUUGCUUCAGCACAGUCAGUCAGACCGCCCAACCCGCCGAGGAUGCUGUAGGAUGCUGCCGGAGGAUCCAGCCCGACAGUCCAAGCCAAUUCUGCUGAAGUAAGUCCAUCACCGAAAUGAACCACGCUGCGAUUUAGACAGGGAUCAGCACGCGGAAACAGAAUAAAGAAGGCAGAAAACUAAAAACUCUCAUCAGCUGCAUCAUUUUGAACUUGUGCUACGGGAGUAUGGGAGUCGUCGGCACGGAUGCAGCUCCACAGCGGCUUUAGAAGUUGGACAGGCAGAAAUUUGAAUGCCAUGACUCUUGACUUUGGACAAGAUUUCCAGCGCAGUGCAGACGGCGUGCAGUAUUUUAAGAACCAAAAGGUGGACUUUCACAUUACCGGAGGGUGUCAUCUGAUCAACAUGUGGCACCUAAAUAAUAGGCACCUUUAGUCUUUAUGAGGCAUGGAGCAUUAUUGAUCCCCGAAGAGCCCAUGGGUGCUACUUAUUAUUCACAGUAAUGGAAUGAAGACACUAUCUUGAUAUAAUGGAUGAUAGAUCCAGUAAGCUCAUCUUGGUUCCUAUUUUAGCUGUCCUUUUUGUUAUGAUAGGUUACCAGUACAUAUGUCCCGCUGGCAGCAAUUCGUGCCACUUUAAGGCUGGGGAGAAAUUAAGGGGGGUAAGCCUACUUUCCAGCCCGUACCAGGACAGCGAUGAUUUCUACAGAGAUCAAGACCUGGAGGAUGACAGCCCUCCUAAACUACCGUCAAAAUUCAACUUCACCGAGAGAGACCUUGACAGACACGUGGAGUUCAACAUCAAAGGGGACGACGUGAUAGUGUUUUUGCACAUCCAGAAAACCGGAGGAACCACUUUCGGGAGACACUUGGUGAGGAAUAUUCGCUUGGAGCAGCCGUGCGACUGCAAGCCAGGACAGAAGAAAUGCACAUGUCACCGGCCAGGGAAAGAGGAGUCCUGGCUCUUCUCCCGGUUCUCUACCGGCUGGAGCUGCGGACUGCAUGCUGACUGGACCGAACUAACGAACUGUGUGCCUGUCAUUAUGGAUAAGAAGGAGGCCCAGAGGAAUAAAAGGAACUUCUACUACAUCACCAUGCUGAGAGACCCAGUCUCCCGCUACCUGAGCGAGUGGAAGCACGUCCAGCGUGGAGCCACAUGGAAGACCGCCCUUCAUAUGUGUGACGGACGCUCGCCCACCCAGGACGAGCUGCCCACCUGCUACAGCGGGGACGACUGGUCCGGUGUCACCCUGACAGAGUUCAUGAACUGCCCGUCCAACCUGGCCAAUAACCGACAGGUCCGCAUGCUGGCUGACCUGAGCCUGGUGGGCUGCUACAACCUGUCCUCGAUGAACGAGAGCCAGCGCAACCACAUCCUCCUGAGCAGCGCCAUGAGCAACCUGAAGAACAUGGCUUUCUACGGCCUGACCGAGUUCCAACGCAAGACGCAGUACCUGUUUGAGCGGACGUUCAGCCUGCGCUUCAUCGCCGCUUUCACGCAGAUCAACAGCACGCGAGCCGCCAAUGUGGACCUGAGCGAGCCCGUGCGCAGACGCAUCGAGGAGCUCAACUAUUUGGACGUGCAGUUGUACGAGUACGCCAAGGACCUUUUCCUCCAGCGUUUCCAGUUCACCCGCCAGAGGGAGCACCAGGAAGUGCGCUUGAAGAGGCGCGAGGAGAGGCGUUGGCUGAGGGAGCAGAAAGAGCAGGGCAGGCCGUGGCCGCCCAAACACAAAGGGGGAGGAAAUGGAGGUGGGGGGGAGGGGAGGAGGGCUGGAGAAAGGGACUGACGGUGACUUCCCCACCACCACUGAGGACUACACAAGCCAAGUGGCCCGCUGGUGAGGCUUUGGUCUGAAGAGAGGGAAGAAAGAGAGAGAUUCCUCACGGACUUGUUUUGACUCUCUCUCUCUCUCUCUCACAUCCUGCGCCUCUCUCUUUUUGUCUCACCGUUAAUCUGUCUCCUGCAUCUGUCCGUUUCUCAGCUUCAGUGUGAUCCGAGUGCUCUGCUGUUUCUUUAUGAAAACUGCCAAGUCUGUGAGUCUCACAGCAGCUCUGCCUUGGAGUGCCCUUUGGUGUCUUAAAUCUUUAAAUGCUGUUUAUACAUUUUUUUGUGUCAUUUGUUUUAUGCCUUGGUUAUUUAUCAUGUGUUGAACAAGACAGUAAACUGAGGUGAAAGAAGAAAAAAACAAAAACAAUUAAAAGAAGCUGCCAUAGACUGCAUUGCUCUUAAUUUUGGCAUUCGAAGCAAAAACCGAUGAAUGUCAUUGAAGUCUUUGUUGCAACUGGUACAAAACCAUUUGAAAGAUGUAGUUGUAGAAGAAUUGAUGGUUGCAUGUCACACGUCCACAUUUAACUGACAAUUGGGAAGAUCGACUUCCAAAAUAUACAAUAUUGUAAGCCAAAGCUGGUGAAAAAACACAAUGUAUUUAUUGUAUUUUUAUUUAACCCUCUCUAACGACCAUGUUGUAUGCAUGCAAUACACACGAUGUUUCAAACAAAACCACACAAGAUGCUUUUAUUUUGGUUACAGUCCAAUAUAUAUUAUCUUCUCAAGUGCAUUACCUUGCAGACUUUCACACAUCUCCCAAAGAUAACAUGCAUACAAAGCCAAUCUCAGAGUCACACAGAGGGCAUCCUGCUGAGCAAAACAACUUCAGUCCUUCCCUGUUCUUUGUGUAGAACAUGUUGUUUUUUUACAUGAAAAAUGGAACAAGUUCACUGGGAUGAGAAAAGCAUUUUUUGUGAGCAAUUGGUUUUUUGAAGUAGUGGGUUGCAGAGAUAAAAAGUUGGUAAAUAGUACAGGUGAUGAAAUGUGUCAGUGUGGCUGCUGUGUGGCCCGACUGUGAAUGAGACGAUCAGCAUUCAGCUCUCACGCCCCUCCUCGUCACACUGGCUGCUUUUACAUGUUUGUAGAGCUGACGGCAACUGCACUGUGGGCAGUGAGAGUGCUUUAAUGCCAGCAGAGCGCCAGCCCACAAAGACCAGCCUCAAAGCUGAUAGUCGAGAAAUAAAACAUGUCUGUCAUUUCUUCUGCCCGAUAGUUUCCAGUCCCUCAAAUCCAAUCAGUGCAGCAAUAUGUGAAGAUGAAAGCGGCCUUGUUUUUAUCUGCUUAAAUAGGCUUCAGUGAUGGUUUUUAUGCCUCUUAUCUCAUAUUCACUAAAAUCCCUGCUUAUCAAAUUAAAUGUUCUCUAAAUACCAACAUUGAAGUGGUACGGCUGCUGCUAUUUGAACAUUUCUCAUGGGUUUUUCUUCUGAGUGGAGUUGCUUAUAAAAUACCUCAGAUGGAACUAAUUUUUUUAUUUUUAAGGAUCACCUGUGUUUUGUUCGACUCAUCUAGCGGGUGAGGUAAAAAUGUUGAAUGAAUGCUGGUUUGAGCUGUCAGAAAAGGGAAUGGGUGCGCUUGUCUGAACGGAUGCACUUAGUCUGAGUUCAGUGAGUGUGUGGUUGGAUAGAAAAGAACAAAGACUAGGUGUAUAGCACGUUGAUAACACUCGAUUAAGUGUUUCAAGUGGAGCUACAGCUCUGAAUAUUGAAUAAUUCUGUGUAGAAUUUAUAGCUCAUUUCAUGAAGUUUCUGUUGUAGCUGUGAAAGAGAUUGGUGACAAAAGAUUUUUCAUGUUAAAUGACUGAUAGGGUCAUUUUUAUUUCUGAUUAAAUUAACCAACAAACUCUUUAGUAAAGCUGGAGUGCAGACAUUUUGAAAUAAAUGAAGGUUUUGUUACAUUGAAGACUUUUUUCCAAAUGAAUUCACACAAUGCUGAUUAAGCCUAUAACCUGCAGGGGAAACUCUGGAGCAUAAAACCAGAGUUGUGGUGUCUGGUGUCCGUGGCGACUUUCCAACACUAGCGUACUCGAAUUGACGAAAAUGGGCAGGUUGGUAUUUGUAAAAUGCUAGUGCAAUGCCUGUUCAAAACAUGCCUGGUCAGAAUGAUUUGCAUGGGAAGACUUGAAGAGAGCGGGGGCGGUGUGGAUGCAGCAAGCUCUCCUGCAGGCGUAAGUUAAAAGUGCAGGUCAACAGUGUCAUUAUUCUCACUGCCAGAGGCGGGGGGGCAAAAGUUCCACACUCCAGCUUUAAGAAUUUACCCCAGGCCCCUUUCAGACUGCCAUUUAAAGCUGCGAUAUUUACGCCUCUGUGACAUUUCGCCUGCAAUCUGAACACACCAGAGGCGUGAUGGGGGGACUGUUCAAGGCGGGAUUAAUGUGAACCUGUUGAGCUGGCAAGACGGAAAAUACGUUAAUUCAUUCAAUCGUAAAAAAACGCUCUGGUUCGUAGAUUGGAAGCCCAAGAUCAAACACAACACCAGCCUUUAUUUUUGGUCACAGGUAAAAUUAUGCAGAUCUGGUCUCAGAAUAACAUAAUUCUCGCAGGAAGUCAGUUAGAGUGAGCCAGGGACACCAUAAAAGUUUACAUUUUAUUCGUCUUGGGCUAAGCCUGCCCCCGUACAGAAAAUGGACGGAUCGACACCGAUUCUAUUGGCCAGUUACUAAUAACAACAGCUGUUCACAAUUUUUUUUUCUACACAAUGUGCGAGAGUGUGUGUGUGUUUUGUCCUCAUAGGCGUGUAGCUAAGAGUUACCACGUCUAAACAUGACAGCUGAAAACCCGAACUGCUCCCUUGAACAUCUAUGAGAAAAAGAUUACAAAAUCCCCAGCAAGGUGGAAAGUCACAUUUACUCUACACAGCAUUAUAAUCAUCCAAAUAUAACACAAUCAUUGAUUAUCCUUAACCGCUUGUCCGAACUCGCCAGACUAUCACAGGGCUGACACAAAGAGACAGACAACCAGCUCUCAUUCACUCCAAUGGGUAAUUCAGAGUCUCCAAGUAAACCUAAGUGCAUGUUUUUGGACUGUGGGAGGAAGCCGGAGGACCCGGAGAGAACCCAUGCCGACACGGGGAGAACAUGUGAACUCCACACAGAAGAGCCAGAGUCGUCCACUGUUGCUGUGAGGCAAGAGUGCUAACAGAAAAUAUGUGAUGUAAGUUAUUUAUGCAACCAACACUUGGGUAAUAAGAGAGGAAGUAGACCGUAUCAUCAGAAACAGUGAUUGAAUCAUGUUUAGCAAAAUGCAGAACAACUUUGCUUGAGUAUGUAGAAUUUCUACAGUAUGAAACAGCACAACGUGAAAUUCUUCCACCAUCAUUGUUUUGAAUGCACUCCCCGCUAUUGUACAUGUUCUGCCUGAGGCGAAAUGCCGGCAGAGCUCUUUAUGAAAAACGCAGUCUGAAAGGGGCUCCUAUGAAUAUGCUUUAUCAGGACUGUGUGGGUGUGGUGUGAUCAGACUUAGGUAAAAGUAAAUGAAAAACACUCCAUGCUGAAAACUGAGUCAAAUUCAGAAUCCUACUUCAGUCAAAUAAUUAAAAUUUUGAGUUUGUGUAGUUGCUCAUAGUAACAAAUUGAUUGAGAAAAUGUGUUUUAGAGGCCUUUAAGUAAAAUGUGAGGCAUUUUUGUAUCAAGUUGAAUGAUGGCUGAAGGCUCUUGGUAUUUUUUUAUUGUUUCCAUGAGUGAUAUUGUGAAUACAUUUCCUUCUAUGACAAGUCAGAAUGUCUGCUAUGGAAAAGCUGUCGUAAUAUUGUUACUUUUAGAUCAUCUGAGUAUGUUUUUUAGCUGCUUUUUCUAUAGCUACACUAGGGGGAUAUGAAAUGGUAAUUGCCAAAAUGACAUUUAAUUUGGAAAUGUCUUUUAAUAAACCAACAUGCAGCACUGCUGUGUGACAAGCUGUAGGAAUUACAAUGUUCCCCAGUGACAGAUGGCAUGAGCACUGCAUGCGCAGGAGAAGUGCCACAUAGCUAUUAAUGAAACGCUAAUGAAACACUCCUAAUGUUGUAAAUGUGCAAUAUACCCAAGUUAUAUGUUUGUGUUUGAGUAUGCGUGUUAUCAUGCAAUUUCUGGAGAAAUUGUGGUGGGAUUGCUGGCUGCCAAAAACAUCAAAGUUAGUCUGACAUUGAAGUGUGUCCAUGUGUGUCUAUCAUCAUCUGUCUGUGUAUUACUGGUAUCACUGACACCUGUGCUGUGCUGCCUUAAAGCCUUCUGUGAUAUGCAGUACACAGACUGAUCACAGACAAGAGAUUCCCCCGACAGACAGAGAGCAACGAACGAAGCUGGAAUAGUUUAAAAAAAUGUUCAAAAUGUAAAUAACACCUGCGUUUAUGUGUAUUAAAGCUACCGUGACACCACAGAGAUGAGAAAUAAGUCUAAUUAGCACAUCUUCCUCACCUGUAAUUAAUGGUUGCGAUGGAGACGGUAUCUGCAGAGAGCCUCCUGGGGCAGGCAGUUCAUUUAGUAGAGUAAGCCAAACAGGCACCACUCAAAUUUUAGCUUAUUACUCAAAGAGUGUCAUUCCUACCAUAAGAGUUUUAAAUUGUGAGAGAGAGAGAGAGAGUGAACUCUGCUGAACAUGCUGCUGUAAAAUAUGUGUUCAUUGUGUCAAAAAUGUGGGAAGUAGGGCAAGCUUUAAAAAAACAGUCCCUCUUUGUGUUUUGCUUCUGAAAUUUCUGGUCUCACUUAACGUCGUAGUCAUACUGUAGGUCAGUUGGAUGGAACUCCUGUCACUUAGAGGCUCGUAGCACAGAAUGUGUACAUCUGUUUGCUUAAAAAGUUACAGUACACUACAAGUGAAUAGGGUCAUUUUUUACUGAUAGAUAUCACCAUGAAACUUUCCAAGUUUGUUAUUUACAUUAAGACAAUGUUUUUUUGCCUUACAAGUUUUCUGAAAUUUUAUGUUAAGAUAUGCAAAUUAGAUGGGGCCUCAUUAAAUAAGAGCUAAUUUGCAUGCAUUUCCAUUACAUUAAUUUGAACAUUGGAUAAAACAAAUUUCAAAGUUAUUACUUUAUUUUGUUGAUAUAUUGGAUUGAAUUUUACAGAAGGAAGUUGGAAUAUCUCCUUUUUUCAUUUCAUAAAUCAGAAAAUACUUUCAGAAGCCAUAAAAAGUCAAUUUUCGUCAAGUUUUUAGGAACAAAGUGUUCUAUAAAUCAGGGUAUGAAUUAUACAUAGAAAAACCACUCUGUAAAGACCUUGAGAAUAUAAUUAGAAAUAAAACUGGUAAGUUUGGUGACUUUAAGUAUAGCUGAAGUUGAGAUUUAUGGCUCAGAGCAUGAGAAAAAAAUAAUUUUGAUCGAACGGCCUUUAAAUAUUUCAUGCAUUCUAAAUGAAAAUGAGUAUUUGAAGACAAAAUAUUUGAUCUAAUUCAUAGCAACAACAGUAUAGAACAUCUAAAACACAACGUAUUAUGAGGAGGUUUAGACUACGUUCAUGGUACUACACUUGUAGUGAAUUUGGGAGAAAUCUACAGGCGCAGAUGGAUAAAAUAUAAUAAAAUAUACAGCUUAACGUUUGUUUAAAAUUGACCAGUGCAUGAAUCAUCAUUUUAUGUAUUUUGAUGGAAAAAAUAUGAAUGAAGUCUGAUAAUUGUGGGAGUAAGAAGGCAUUGAAGAGAAAUGAUUAACUUUAACCCCACUCUAACUCGGAACAUUCAGUCCAUUCAUUUGAAUGAGGGGAGAACUCACACAAAACCUUAUAUAAUUCAGAAAGUAUGACAGAUAAAAACACUAAAAGUACUUUGGAUAAUGUCCACAAUGAGCUGAACAUUUUGAACAUAAUUAAGUGAGAGUUAAUUAAGUUUUUAGGUUGAUGGUGUUGGAAUACAUAGGUGCCAAAAAGCCAGGAAGAACAUUGCUGUUGCCCAGCAAUCCCACCUAUUAAAUUAAAGUAAGUUACUGUUCAUCCAUUGCCUUAGCAUAAUCAGCAGCAUAUGUAGAUAGAAAACUCACAUUUAAACGUUGAGAUCUCAUCUGCUCAUGACCAACUUGUUGUUUUUUUUCAGUCAAAGUUGCCACUCAGCCCUCUCAGCUUAUUCCCUGUCUGGACACAGAAAAUAUGUAAGAAUAAUUACAAAUAAAGUAACUGUACACUGUUUAAUUUUGGCCUUAUUAUUUCUGUGGCUUCUUGUUUUCAGCAACUGACUUCCUGAAAGACUUUCCACCAAUUUAGCAACAAAAACUUUCCGACUGUGGUGUAAAUAAAGAGGUGAGAAAAGAGCCAAAACUAAUUUUUACUCUAAAUUUUUCUGACAUUCCCAGAAGUGUGACAUGCCGCUUUGUUAUAGGAUUUUAAUUAACUUGUACUGCCACUCUGUUUCUUUAAAAAGAAAAAAAAAAAAGCUAAUUUAUCUGUAUGUAUUUGUUUAUUUAUAUAAUUUCAACUGUUGCUAAAGAAUGGCUUUGCCUGAUGGAAAAUACCAGUAUUACCAACACCUCAGUGAUAAUGGAAGAGAGCUUUCUUAGUGUAAGAAUUUCUAUGUACAUGUUAAAAGUCUUGUGAUGAUAUGAACAGUCUAAAAGCCUUUUGGCUUGUAAUAUUUAAUCUGCUAUUUUUCUUGUCAGACCUGAAAAAAUGAGUGACUUCUGCUUAUGAUAUCAGAAAUAAAUGCAUUGAAUGGCCAUGGCA